ACUUCAAAAGAAAAUCCCGAAAUUAGCACCUUGGCCAAUGGCCAACCAAGCGACAGCCCCGGCUCCGUCCAACAGGUGCGGUAUGGAAACACCAAUGGCGGUCUGGUCGUUUUGAGCGAUGUGCAGACUGUGGAGGUACUCGCACACUUCGCCCGCGAGAGAAUCCCCGAAAGGAGCGUCCAUGCAAAGGCAGCUGGUGCCUUUGGCGAAUUCGAGGCCCUCGACGAUGUCACUGACUUGACAGACGCCAAGUUUCUGGAGAAAGGGAAGAAGUCGAAACUUCUGACGAGGAUGUCAACUGUAGGCGGAGAAAAAGGUUCCAGUGACACCGUUCGCGAUGUCCGUGGUUGGGCUACCAAAAUCUAUACCGAAGAGGGUAUUCAGGAUUUCGUCUUCAAUGAUUUGCCUGUCUUCUUCAUCCGUGAUCCCAUCAAGUUCCCAUCCAUGAACAGGAGCCAUAAGCGCCAUCCCCGAACUAAUGUGCCUGACAAUAGCAUGUUUUGGGAUUUUCACGUCAACAAUCCUGAGGGAAUCCAUGCCCUGAUGCAUCUCUUCGGCACCCGUGGCAUCCCUGAGUCCCUGCGCCACAUUAAUGGAUUUGGCGUGCAUACUUAUACUCUGAACAAGGCCGAUGGAAGUUAUGUUUAUGUCAAAUGGCACUUCAAGCCCGAGGGCGGUAUCAAGACGAUGGACCCCAAGAGAGCCAUGAGAUUGGCUGGUAGUGAGCCUGACUACCAUGUGAAGGAUCUGUUCAACGCCAUUGAAAAGGGAGACUACCCAUCUUGGGUUGUAUACAUCCAAGUAAUCAAACCAGAAGAGCUCAAGAAUGCACCGAUUGACGUUUUUGAUGACACUUAUACAUGGCCCUACGACAAGUAUCCGCUUCGCAAAAUUGCUCGCUUCACGCUGAAUAAAAACCCGAACAACUACUUCCAGGACAUUGAACAAGCUUGUUUCUCCCCGUCAAACAUGGUUCCUGGUAUCGGCCCAUCAGCAGACCCCGUCCUCCAGGCUCGCAUGUUCUCGUAUCCCGAUGCUCAUCGCUACAGGGUCGGACCAAAUUACUUCCAGCUCCCACCCAAUCGUCCAUCCAACAAAGUCUAUGCGCCGUACGUUAGAGAUGGACCAGGAACUAUGAAUGGAAACUACGGCGGUGACCCCGACUAUGUUUUCUCAGAGCUUCGGCCUGUGUCCACCAGUAAGCGAGUCACGGUUCCAACUCAUGAGGACUUCAAGGGACAUGUGACUGCCUUCUCCACGAAUGUAACGGAUCAAGAUUUUGUCCAAGCGAGAAACUUGUGGCACAUCAUUGAGAAGGAAGAAGGUGGUAAGGACUUCUUCCUUGAGGGUAUUUUACCCACUCUGGGCGAUAUCCCUGAGAAGCUCAGAAACCAAGUCUUAGAUUAUUUCGGACGUGUGGACUCGGGUUUGAAUGAUCUGAUCAAGCAAGGGUUGGCUAAAAACGGACAGGCAAAGAAUGGGCAUGCUAAAAAUGGGCAGGCUUGA